AUGAGACAGAUGCAGUACUUCCUGCCUGCAAAUCCUUUAUCAGGAUCUAUGACAAAGGAGCAACUUCGUCAAAGAAAGGCGCCGCAGGAGCCCGGUGAGUCUACAGUCACCUGGCGCAUGACGGCGCGCGCCGGCGGCCACGUGCGCCUGCUCCGGCGCGCGCCGCAGCCGCCCUACCCGCUCACGCGCCAGGCGCCGCAGGAGCCCGGUGAGUCUACAGUCACCUGGCGCAUGACGGCGCGCGCCGGCGGCCACGUGCGCCUGCUCCGGCGCGCGCCGCAGCCGCCCUACCCGCUCACGCGCCAGGCGCCGCAGGAGCCCGGUGAGUCUACAGUCACCUGGCGCAUGACGGCGCGCGCCGGCGGCCACGUGCGCCUGCUCCGGCGCGCGCCGCAGCCGCCCUACCCGCUCACGCGCCAGGCGCCGCAGGAGCCCGGUGAGUCUACAGUCACCUGGCGCAUGACGGCGCGCGCCGGCGGCCACGUGCGCCUGCUCCGGCGCGCGCCGCAGCCGCCCUACCCGCUCACGCGCCAGGCGCCGCAGGAGCCCGGUGAGUCUACAGUCACCUGGCGCAUGACGGCGCGCGCCGGCGGCCACGUGCGCCUGCUCCGGCGCGCGCCGCAGCCGCCCUACCCGCUCACGCGCCAGGCGCCGCAGGAGCCCGGUGAGUCUACAGUCACCUGGCGCAUGACGGCGCGCGCCGGCGGCCACGUGCGCCUGCUCCGGCGCGCGCCGCAGCCGCCCUACCCGCUCACGCGCCAGGCGCCGCAGGAGCCCGGUGAGUCUACAGUCACCUGGCGCAUGACGGCGCGCGCCGGCGGCCACGUGCGCCUGCUCCGGCGCGCGCCGCAGCCGCCCUACCCGCUCACGCGCCAGGCGCCGCAGGAGCCCGGUGAGUCUACAGUCACCUGGCGCAUGACGGCGCGCGCCGGCGGCCACGUGCGCCUGCUCCGGCGCGCGCCGCAGCCGCCCUACCCGCUCACGCGCCAGGCGCCGCAGGAGCCCGGUGAGUCUACAGUCACCUGGCGCAUGACGGCGCGCGCCGGCGGCCACGUGCGCCUGCUCCGGCGCGCGCCGCAGCCGCCCUACCCGCUCACGCGCCAGGCGCCGCAGGAGCCCGGUGAGUCUACAGUCACCUGGCGCAUGACGGCGCGCGCCGGCGGCCACGUGCGCCUGCUCCGGCGCGCGCCGCAGCCGCCCUACCCGCUCACGCGCCAGGCGCCGCAGGAGCCCGGUGAGUCUACAGUCACCUGGCGCAUGACGGCGCGCGCCGGCGGCCACGUGCGCCUGCUCCGGCGCGCGCCGCAGCCGCCCUACCCGCUCACGCGCCAGGCGCCGCAGGAGCCCGGUGAGUCUACAGUCACCUGGCGCAUGACGGCGCGCGCCGGCGGCCACGUGCGCCUGCUCCGGCGCGCGCCGCAGCCGCCCUACCCGCUCACGCGCCAGGCGCCGCAGGAGCCCGGUGAGUCUACAGUCACCUGGCGCAUGACGGCGCGCGCCGGCGGCCACGUGCGCCUGCUCCGGCGCGCGCCGCAGCCGCCCUACCCGCUCACGCGCCAGGCGCCGCAGGAGCCCGGUGAGUCUACAGUCACCUGGCGCAUGACGGCGCGCGCCGGCGGCCACGUGCGCCUGCUCCGGCGCGCGCCGCAGCCGCCCUACCCGCUCACGCGCCAGGCGCCGCAGGAGCCCGGUGAGUCUACAGUCACCUGGCGCAUGACGGCGCGCGCCGGCGGCCACGUGCGCCUGCUCCGGCGCGCGCCGCAGCCGCCCUACCCGCUCACGCGCCAGGCGCCGCAGGAGCCCGGUGAGUCUACAGUCACCUGGCGCAUGACGGCGCGCGCCGGCGGCCACGUGCGCCUGCUCCGGCGCGCGCCGCAGCCGCCCUACCCGCUCACGCGCCAGGCGCCGCAGGAGCCCGGUGAGUCUACAGUCACCUGGCGCAUGACGGCGCGCGCCGGCGGCCACGUGCGCCUGCUCCGGCGCGCGCCGCAGCCGCCCUACCCGCUCACGCGCCAGGCGCCGCAGGAGCCCGGUGAGUCUACAGUCACCUGGCGCAUGACGGCGCGCGCCGGCGGCCACGUGCGCCUGCUCCGGCGCGCGCCGCAGCCGCCCUACCCGCUCACGCGCCAGGCGCCGCAGGAGCCCGGUGAGUCUACAGUCACCUGGCGCAUGACGGCGCGCGCCGGCGGCCACGUGCGCCUGCUCCGGCGCGCGCCGCAGCCGCCCUACCCGCUCACGCGCCAGGCGCCGCAGGAGCCCGUUAGCUGA